GGCCCGGAUAAGUAUGGCGACUCUUAGAUCGUCUGUGUCGCUGUUCACCUUGCAGGCAGGUUCUCGGGUCACCUGGCGGGUCUGUUUCCGGGCCCGCCCUCGGCCCCGGCCCGGUUCCCUGUUCCAGCCUUUGCCCGGGGUCUGCGGGGCGGGAACGCCAUGCCGUGGGCUCGGCUCCGAGGCGGAAUCUGGUAGCUCAAAGAUCAAGAAACCUACCUUUAUGGAUGAGGAAGUCCAAAGCAUACUCAUCAAGAUGACAGGCUUAGAUUUGCGGAAGAUUUUUAAGCCAGCUAUACAAGAAGUGAAGCCACCAACUUAUAAGCUAAUGACCCAAGCACAGUUGGAAGAGGCUACAAGACAGGCAGUCGAGGCGGCUAAAGUCCGAUUAAAAAUGCCACCAGUUCUGGAAGAGCGAGCGCCAAUAAAUGACGUGUUAGCUGAAGAUAAGAUUUUGGAAGGAACAGAAACAGCCAAAUACGUGUUUACUGAUAUAUCAUAUAGCAUACCACACCGGGAGCGUUUUAUUGUCGUCAGAGAACCAAGUGGCACACUACGCAAAGCCUCUUGGGAAGAAAGGGACCGGAUGAUUCAAAUUUAUUUCCCAAAAGAAGGUCGUAGAAUUUUAACACCAGUAAUUUUCAAGGAAGAAAAUCUUCAGACCAUGUACAGCCAGGACCGGCAUGUUGAUGUCCUCAAUCUCUGCGUUGCCCAGUUUGAGCCAGAUUCUGCUGAGUAUAUCAAAAUUCAUCAUCAGACCUACGAAGAUAUAGAUAAGUAUGGAAAGUAUGACCUUUUACGUUCAACAAGACACUUCGGUGGAAUGGCUUGGUAUUUUGUAAAUAAGAAAAAGAUUGAUGGUUUACUGAUUGACCAGAUUCAGAGAGAUUUAGUCGAUGAUGCCACCAGCUUGGUCCAGCUCUAUCACAUCCUCCAUCCAGAUGGCCAGUCAGCUCAAGAGGCCAAAGAGCAGGCUGCUGAGGGAUUACAUUUAGUUAAGGUCUUUGCAGAAACAGAAGCACAGAAGGGAGCAUAUAUAGAAUUAACACUGCAAACUUAUCAAGAAGCAUUCAUUAGCAAUUCUGCAGCUUCCUAAGAUAUUUUUUAAAUAAAUUUCAUUUUACUAAAUACUGGCUAGUUUUCUCUGUUAAUACUGAGCGGUUUAAAAAUGUCAAAAUUGGGAGUUCCCUAUAAAAUUACUUCUUUUGUUUUUUAAAUUCCAAAUAGUGCCUCUAUCAGAAAUACAAAGAAAAACUUGUUAGUUACUCUGCUCACUUUCCUAGGCUACGAGGGGAUAACUGAGAAGUACAUCUUAGUGCCUGGUUAUGAAUUUUUCUAAUCAUGUCAGAUGAGUACAGUGUAACAAGAAAGGAAAAAGAAAGUACUAUGCCUCUCUGUGUUACCAAAUGGGCCAGUCGGUAAUUUAACUAGAGCCCAGCUUAAUGAGGUCAGAGGAGCUGGGGUUUCAGACCCUGAUUCCAGAAACGGGUACCUACCAGACAAAGUCAGGGCAAGGCAUAAGAAAGCUACAUAGAGAGGAAUAAUGCCGUGAGGUCAAGGAAAAUGGUUUAGCACAGAUAUUCAGUUCUAAGAAAAAUUUGAUUGAUGGUAU